AUGGCUGGCCCCGAUCCUCGACGUUCUUCUCGCGCCAGAACCAGCCAGCCACAAUCUCGGCCGUCCUCGACCACCUCGAGCACAUCCGGUCGGCCAGACCGCAGCUCUAAGCCCUUUGUCAAGACCGGGUCUCCCCAGAAGUCGACAUCUACCGCGUCACUCACAUCCGAGACACCCGACGACUCGGCCGCCAUUGCGGACGAUUCUCCACCGCCACAGCCGCGAAGCCGACGCGCCACGCAGGCUCACAACGCCGUCAAGGACGACUCGCAGGAGCUCUCGUCGGUCGUCGUCAGCGAAAUCGAGAUGCUGAACGACGGCGACGGGAUACAGGAGGACGAUGAGGCUGUCCGCUGCAUCUGCGGCUAUGAGGAGUACCCCGGACCGCCUUCUCCGGAGAAUCUUGGGCGGGCGGCCAAGGAAGGGUUCGCCGUUGAUUCCAUCUUUCCCACAGUCGUCACAGAGGACCUGGCCGGUUUCUUUGUCCAAUGCGACAUUUGCAAAGUCUGGCAGCACGGCGCCUGCGUCGGCCUUGUGAACGACGACACCCUCCCUGAAGACUACUACUGCGAGGAGUGCAGGAAAGAUUUCCACAAAAUAUUACCGAGCACAAACGGACCACGAUGCUCGAUCUACCAACCAAAUAACAGGAGACGGUCGCGCACAAGCUCAUUUGCUAAAGACCGUGAUCGGUCGCCAAAAGACCGGGGCAGCAGCAAAGACAGCAAGAGCGAAACGAAAAAGGAGGUCGUGCGGGAGGUCAGCAAAGAGACUAAAGAAGGCAUCAAAGAAGGUAGCAAAGACAUCUUGAAAGACAGUGGCAAAGAAGAGAUCAAAGAUGGAGUGAAAGAGGACGGCAAAGAGGGAAAAAGUGGACGAGCGACAUCUGUCAGCCAGUCAUCGAAACGGCGGUCGACGAUGAACAGCCGCGACGCCGCGUACGACGAAGAGCAGCUGCGGAUAGCAAUCGAAGCUAGCAAGGAGGAUGUACACAUGGAGUCGGUGGAACCGGGCGGAAGAAGGUCGAAGCGCAGCAGAAGCUUCAGCGACGAGAAUUCAGAUGGCGUGAAGCGGCCACGGACGAGCUCGCGAUCGGCAUCUCCAGGUGGCGAGACGUUCAAGGCUGAAGACGAGUCAGACGACGGGGCAAACACACGGAACGGAACGUCGAAGAAGGCAUCAAGAAGCGCGGCGGCCAUACGGAGCCAGCAGCAGAGAGAAAAGAGCGAGCGGGAAGAAAAGGAGAGACAACGGGCCGAGGCGGCCAACAAGCGUAACGGCAGAGCAGAACGGCGGCGAGCUGACGGUAUGGACGGACUGCAGCCGAGCUCUGUCGUGACGAAGGAUGGGAAGACUGACUCGGGCGCAGAUUCCGAUCCGUCCGACGAAGUGCCCCUAGCAACGCGGACGGCGAGCAGCCGGCCAGCGGCAGCUCUGGCGACAGUGACGACGUCCGCAGUGACAAGCACGCCGCCAGCAGCAGCGCCGGUAGCGUCGUUGGGCGCCACAGCAUCGUUGGUAGCGACGCCACGGGCGGCAGUAGCGCCGCGGCCAGUGCAGCCAUCACCAGAAACGCCGCCACCCACAUCUGCGCCACCGAUGAGCUCUUCCAAGUCAAAAGGAGGGCGGCCGACUCAUAAAAAAAAGGGCCGCAACCAGUACACGAAGGAGCGAGAGGCUCGUGAGGAGCAGUCGGCACGGUCGCGGUCUCGUGACGUGGGAGAAAAUGGGCACGGCAAGUCCGGAUCGGGCGGCGGGUCUGGCGGCGGGCACAACAGCAAGUCAGGGUCUCGCGGCAAAGGCGGGAUGAGCAGCCGGGUGACGAUGAGCGAGAUGAAGCGGCGUGUGGCGGCGAUGUUUGACUUUAUCUCGAAGACGCAGGUGGAGCUCGCGGGCGAAGAAGUGACGGACUCGGCAGACGGGGUGAAGACGGCGGGACCGGUUGGCGAAGGACAGCAGCAGCUGGCGAAAGACGAAAGCCAGGCGGUAUUAAUGUCGGGCAGCCGGUCGCCGGUCAAGAGGACGACAGAGGGCGCAGAGGGCGAGACUGGCCAUGGACGAAACGAAUUUACGGAGCUGUCGUGUGUGGAGAUGAUGGAUUGUCUCACGCGGGACAUUGUGCACUGGCAGAGCCAGUUUGCCGCCUAG